AAGAAAACUAAUAAAUUAAAAAUAAAUAAAAAAACGAAAAACAGGUUGGAGCUGUGUGUUUCACAGAUCCUUCAAUACAAAAAAAAAAAAAUCAGAAUCCUUGCUCGUUAAGGAAGAAGAAGGAAAAUAAAGGAACUGAUUCUGAUCGAAACCCUAACCAUGUCGAUGCUCAAUUCCUUGUUCGCUCAGGGUUUUAAGGCUUCCAAGUGCAAAACUCUGCUUAAACUGUCAAUUCCUCGGAUAAAGUUACUCAGAAACAGAAGAGAAAUUCAAUUGAAGAAUAUGCGACGCGAGAUUGCGAAGUUACUUGAGACUGGUCAAGAAGCCACGGCUCGUAUUAGGGUAGAACAUAUUAUUAGAGAGGAGAACAUGAUGGCUGCUCAAGAGAUCCUUGAGCUCUUUUGUGAACUUGUUUCUGUCCGCCUUCCAAUUAUUGAAUCUCAAAGGGAAUGUCCCCUAGACUUGAAGGAAGCUAUAUCUAGCAUAUGUUUUGCUGCACCUAGGUGUGCGGAUCUGCCCGAGUUGUUGCAAGUUCAGUUGCAAUUUGCGGCCAAAUAUGGGAAGGAAUUUAUUUCUGCUGCUACUGAACUCAGGCCAGAUUGCGGUGUCAAUCGACAGUUAAUAGAGCUGCUGUCAAUUCGUGCUCCUUCACCUGAAAAGAAACUCAAUCUUCUAAAAGACAUUGCAACUGAACAUGAGCUAGAGUGGGAUCCAGCUACUUCUGAAACCGAAAUGUUUAAAAAACAUGAAGAUUUACUGAAUGGCCCGGCUGAGUUUUUUAAUGGGUCAAAAUUGCCCCUUCCUGAAGAAAAACACGAUGAGGAGUUGUAUUCCACUCAUGAUACACCCAAAAAAGAGCAAUUUGAUUCUGAUUCGGACUCUGACAUGUUGGACUUUCCUGAAGUUCCAAAGGUAUCUGUCCAGCCAAAUGCAAACUUUGCCACAGCUCCUGACAUGGUUAUACCUCCAGCAGCUAUGCCACACCCUAAAGUUGAUAUUCAUUCAUCAAGCCAUUCUGGAGAAUUUCCAGAUAUGAAGCAGGAACACGUUGAGUCAACAGUUCACAGAGAUGAACCACAUACUUCAUUUGAUAAAGUGGAAAGUAAACAAUUUUUGCCAUUCAUCUCCCCUCCAUCAGAAUCAUAUUAUGCAAGGCAUAUUGACUCACCACCCUUCGUGUCAACUGCAAAAUCUAUUUCCCCUCCAUCAGAAUCUCCUGCCUCAUAUGGUGUAAGGCAUAGUGACUUGCCUCCCUUGUCAACUGCAAAAUCUAUCUCGCCUCCACCAGAACCAUCUGCGUCAUUUACUGCAACAAGGCAUAGCGACUCAGCUCUCUCUUUAUCAACUGCAAAAUAUGAAGAUAAAGACUUCUCUUUAUCAACUGCAAAAUCUGAAGCUAAUUUGGACUUGCAAGAUGUUGUAGCUGCCGCACAUGCUGCUGCUGAAACUGCUGAACGUGCAGCAGCGGCAGCUCGUUCAGCAGCCAGCCUUGCUCAACUCCGUAUUAGCGAGCUUACAAAGAUGAGAAGUAAUGAACAUAUACCUGAAGAUAGCUCUGAGAAUCCAUUUUAUGCUGGAGGCAACAAUGAAUCUACAACAGAAAGGGAUCAUUUCAUUGAGCAAAAUGCUGCAGGUAACCCUGAUGGCAAUGUUUUUAAGGAUCAUGAUAUUCACCAUAAUCAUUAUGAUUCCGAACGCUCUCAUUCAUCAAGUUUUCCUUCAUUUUACACAAUCAAGGAAGAUUUUGAUUCUUCCCUACCCACUGAUCACGUUUCGGAUGACAAAUCCAUUAAUCACCAGCCUAAGAGAUUACCUUCAAUGGAAGACGACCCAUAUGACUCAUAUCCCAACUUAUUUACCUCUCAAAACUCAAAUGUUGGAUCUCACACUCAUUCAGAUAAUAGCCGCACCACUUACGAUAUGUGAUGGGGAAUUAUCAUUCAAUCACACAUUUCCUUCAGUCCGAACUCUGAAAUCUUGCUUGUGUGUUUUAUGCUCUUGAACAAUCCUGCCGUAUUUUUCUUUUUCUUUUAAAAGAGCAUGCAAUUCCUGUCUAUACUAAUAUCUUUUUAGUUACAUACUAUGGCUGGCUUUGCAUAAUGAACAAUACGGAAAAUAUUUAUUUGCUUCUGUUCAAAAGCCUCUGUUUGUGCUUUGUGGGGCUGAUUUAAUGUGCAAAUCCGAGCGUUUCAGAAUAAAAUCAUUCAGCUUCAAUUUUCUUUACUUACAUUAUAGGAGGAUACAGGACAUGUAAUACAACUUCAUUUGUAAUUAUUGUAAUAUUGUUGCAUAUUGCAGUGUGAAUGUUAUCGCUUUUCUUGCA